UUUCCCACAGAUAAAGCAUUAGCGAUUGAAUGCGAAUCUCUCAGUUAAAGUCAAUAUGUUGACGAGUGUGAUACUCAGUGUUUUAUUCGUAUUGAUUUCUUGGGUAUUUGUUCAUCGAAAAUAUAGCUUCUGGAAAAGAAUUGGUGUUUUAGGUCCUAUUCCUGAAUUUCCAUUUGGGAGUUUACGUGGGGUAGGGACUCAGUAUCACUCAUCAGAAAUAAUAGACAAGCUGUACUAUGGCUUCAAGGAUCGGACACCCAUUGUGGGAAUUUACUUCUUCUUGAAACCCGUGGCUCUUGUGUUAGACCUGGAUGUAGCUCAUGAUAUCCUCGUGAAGAAUUUCAAGACCUUCCCAGAUCAUGGACUUUUCUACUACAACGAACGAGAUGAUCCCCUAACAGCCCAUCUUUUCGCCUUGGAAGGUGAAAAAUGGCGUCAGAUUCGCAAAAAGGUUGGACCAGCCUUUACCAGUGCCAAGAUCAGUACAAUGUUUCCACUUAUGAGGCACGUAGCUAAACAAUUGGAGGUAUCACUUGCAGCAUUUGAAGGUGCAGAGGUUGAUGCUGUAGAAUUUGCCUCAAGAUUCACGACAGAUUUAAUUGGGAGCUGUGCCUUUGGGAUUGACUGCAAUAGCUUGAAUGAGAAGGAUAAUGUAUUCUUUCGCAUGGGUCGUCGAAUUCUCACGGAGAUGAAAACACUGGAAUUGAUUAGAUUCCUCCUCUGCAGCACCUACGUCAACAUCGCGAGAUUCCUGCGGGUAAAAGUUGUCGUUCCCGAGGCGAGAGAAUUCUACAUGGGUAUUCUACGUGAGACAAUGAAGCAUCGUGAAAUGACUGGUACUGUGAGAAGGGAUCUCAUUGACAUGAUGAUGCAGAUUGGGAAGAACGGGAAGUUGGAGGAGUCAACUGAAGAAGUGGGAACGAUGACUUUUAAUGAAAUUGCCGCUCAAGUCUUUGGCUUCUUCAUUGCAAACUUCGAGACUUCGGCACUCACAAUCACAGCGUGUCUCUUUGAAUUGUCCCUCCAACCACAACUUCAGGAGCUCGCUCAUGAGGAAAUUCUCAGCACUGUGUCUGAGGAUGAGCUCACAUAUGAAUCUCUAAUGGGAAUGAAGUAUCUCACACAAAUUCUCAAUGAAACUGUGAGAAAGUACCCAGUUGUCCAUCUACUUCAGAGACAAUCCGUAGCUGAUUAUCGGAUCCCUGGUACAGAUGUUACAAUUCCUGCAGGAACGCUAUUUUACAUUCCCCUGUGGAGCUUCCAGAAUGACUCAGCAUUCUUUCCUCAACCUUCUGCCUUUGAUCCCAGUCGAUUUUCCCCGGAAAACAUUUUAGACAUCCCUGCUAGAGCUUACAUGCCUUUUGGAGAUGGCCCUAGGUACUGCAUUGGUCGCAAACUUGGACAGGUGCAAACUCUCCUGGCUAUUGCUACCCUUUUGCGAAGAUACAAAUUUACGCCAUGUCCACGAACACCAAAAGUCAUUCGACCUAAUCCUAAAUCUGUGUUCAUUAACACCACAGGAGUAUGGCUGAAAGUGGAACGACGGUAAUUUGCGGUAUGAGAUACCAUCUCCUGGAUACCACCACAUUCUAAAUCCUAAAACUUCCCACUCUUCAUCCAUUUUAUAGCAAUUCACGUACAUUCCAACUUUAUGUUCGAAAAGUUUUAGCUGUAUCAAGUUCAGCGGAAAUUAUAUACAUCAUGUUUCGAAUAAACGCAAUAAA